UGUGAACUUUAUACAAGUUUUCAUAACUUUCAACGUAUUGACAUCUGGACUGCCGUGGAACAAUAGGAUCAUUCACUUGAUCCAUCAUAUCACGAUGAGCUACGUAUGCCAACAAUGCAAAGAGCCACUGCAGCUCGACGCAUCGCUGGUAGAUCUUGCACCCUCUGCGUAUGACAUGAUCGUUGCCUCUUUGCCUUCUGUGCCGCCCCCGCGUGCGCGCUAUAUGACGGAAGCCGAAAAAAUAACACAACUUCCAUCCCCAUCUGCUAGCAAAGCAGCAUGGCAGCAGGCCACACCGUCAGAAAAAUCGAGGGCAUCACCUCCCCUUUCUGCUCGAGCUCAGGGGAAGCAGCCACAGCGAAACUUCCCAGCACCGAAUGAGUCCUUUGUGCUCCUGCAGGAGAGCAUGAUACGCAGCAUCCCUUCCCCGAUCCCUGGGCCUGCAAUGCCUAAGAAGUCUUCUUCCGCAAACCAAAAGAGCUUCCCAGCCAAAAACACUCAUCAACCACCUGCACACCAGCAACCUGAGCCAGACCAUCCGAAUCCAACACCUAUCUCACACCACCUACGCUCCACUAUGAGGCUUUUUAAUGUACUUUCUACCCGGUCUGACAUUGAUCACCCUUUGUGCGCGGAAUGCACACAAAUUGUUCUUACAUCACUUCAAAGGCAGCUUGAUGAGACAAAGAAAGAGCGUGAUGGUUAUAUCGCAUUCGAGAAGGAGGUUCGGAAGGAAAGAGAACGAGAGAGCUUGGAUCUCAGUAGACAAGAUGCAGAGAAAAAGAUCGAAAGACUCAAAGCCGACGAACGGGCCGCUAUUGAACAACUGCGCCUUGCCGACAGGGAGAGGGAGCAACUUGAUGAGGAGCUCAAGUUGUUGGGGGCGGAGGAGAGAGCUCUGGAAGAAGAAGAGGCCGAAUUUUGGCGAUCGCACAAUGAGCACCUCCUAGUCUCGGCUGAACAAGCCUCACGUUUAGCGUCACUGCGGGCUGCAUAUGCUGCAGAUUAUGCCACUCUCGAGAAGCUCGAACGCACAAACGUUUACAACGACGCGUUUUGCAUUGGUCAUGAUGGUGUCUUUGGAACGAUCAAUGGCCUCCGGCUUGGGCGGGUUCCCGGAGUUCCGGUGGAAUGGCCCGAAAUUAAUGCGGCAUGGGGUCAAACCCUUCUGUUGCUAUACACAAUUGCGCGUAAGCUUGACUACACAUUUGAGAACUACCGCCUGAUACCGAUGGGCUCAUUCUCCCGCAUUGAAAGAACUGUAGGUGACAAAGCGACAUACGAACUAUACGGGUCAGGAGAUCUCCACCUCGGCCGCCUGCUACAUAACCGUCGGUUUGACUUUGCUAUGGUAGCAUUCCUAGAGUGCUUGAAGCAACUCAUCGAUUCCGUCAAGUCUCAAGAUCCUACGGUUGAAUUUCCCCACCAAAUUAUUAAAGAUAAGAUAGGAGAAGCGUCCGUUAAACUUCAGUUCAGUCAAGAAGAGGCGUGGACUCGUGCGCUAAGACAUGUUCUGCUUGCGCUGAAGAUUGUCUUGAAGUGGACAACCAAUGGCGGCAACGGCUAAAGAGAGUCAACUGCAUCGUUUUCCUGUGACUGCAUACAUAGAUUAGCCACGCAGGGAUGACCGAUAGUGUGAAUAUCUCCUGUGAAUAUCCUCCUUUUGGAACAUUGUGGAUAAGGAGGGACAAGGUGAUUUUGAAUAUCAUACAUCACCUGACCCCUGACCCACAACAAGGUAGGUGCGCGUGAGAUAUGGGCGUCUGUUGGCACGCUCUUAUUGCCUUCCUAAAAAUAAAAACGCGGGCGACUCGAUGAAAAGUUCGGAUGAACUCCCUUUCAAUGAAUUUCUAGCGGAUUGCUGCGACGCGCGUUGUCGUCCUGCGUCAUCCCAACUUAGUGCUCAGGGUGAGUCAGGGUGGUACCUGAAGCUUUGAAAUUUGCUUUACAAUACUUGAUAUGCCAUAAUGAUAACCGAUGAUAACGGGGGACUGCAUUCCUAUGUAACCUUACAAAUCGUUAUCACG